UCAAGCAAACGUCAUGAUUUCGCGAUUUAGUUGAAGUGUGACGUCAUCAAAGGGCGACAUGCAAACAUUUCGAAGCUGUCGCUAGAAACUAAAGUGAAUGAACUCAUGGAGAAUCUCGUGAAGGUCCACGGAAGUGGCGGAUAUGACUCUGAUUUCAGUGAUGAGGAUGCACAGGGAGAGACAUCAGAGAGCCACCUUAAAAGAAAACAUGAGGAGGAAAUUCAACAAAAGCCAUUUAAAAAAGGGCGGCACUCUCAAGUAGCUCAUCGGAGUUUACAUGCUGAUGAACUGGACAGAGAGGAAGCCCGGAACAGAAGAGCCCACCUGAUAUCGUUGAAUGCUUUUGAGCGACACAGGAAAUUUGUCGCUGAUUACAUCCUUUAUUAUGGAGGACAGAUGGCUGACUUCAGACGCUCUGUGGAUAAAGACAAAACUGAUUCAGACGUGCUACUGGAGAAUCAUCGUUUCCUCUGGACAGACGAGGAUGAGGAGGACAUGACAUGGGAAAAGGAACUUGCCAAAAAGUAUUACGAUAAGUUGUUUAAAGAGUACUGCAUAGCUGACCUCAGCAGAUACAAGGAAAACAAGUUUGGGUUUCGUUGGCGAAUUGAGAAUGAAGUUGUCUCCGGUAAAGGUCAGUUUCAGUGUGGAAACAAACAUUGCGAGAAGCAGGAAGGCCUGAAAAGCUGGGAGGUGAAUUUCGCCUACGUGGAGCACGGAGAGAAGCGGAAUGCAUUGGUCAAACUCAGACUCUGCCCUGAAUGCUCCUUCAAACUCAACUACCAUCACAAGAGAAAAGAGGUGAAAGCAAAGACAAAGACUAAAACACUAUUGGAAGAGAGUGAAGGAUCACCACAAAAGAAGAAGAAGAAACAGAAGAAGAAGAAAUUGUCUUCACAGUCCAAAAAACAAAAACUUAAACGUCACAGAGGUCACUCUUCAUCUUCUAGUAGUUCAGAGGACUCGCUGAACUCGGACAAAGAAUCUGAUCCUGAGGAUGUGCCAAAGGGCCAAACUGAAGCUGAUCACUGGCGAGGACCUGCCCCUGCAGUAGAGGAGAAGUCAAGGGAGGAGGAGUUUGAUGAGUACUUUGAAGACAUGUUUCUUUGACUCUGCUGGCAUCAGCAGCAACCCUGCUGUGACUUGGCGUCCUCCUAUGAACCAUGUUAGAUUUUUGUGUGCAUGUUUGUGAGUAUUUGACUGAUUUAUUGUUGCUACAGAAAUAAACAGGAUAUUAACCCUG